AUGGCGUUCGAUCACGCGGACCUGGUGCUGUCCCUGUGCACGGGGCUCGGCACCCACCAGGAGCUACCGGACGACCUCAUCAUCUACAAAAAGGGGCCGGACUGCGUAGACUGCCUAAAAGACUUGCAGCGCUUCCUCCGGCGUGACGACCCCGACAGUCGUGAUGUGUUCUUCUUCCUUGGACAGAUGGACUUGCCUAGGAACGAUCUGGUCCCUCUGAUCACGACGUACCCAAACGAUUCGGACAUCGUCUACAAUGCAUUGAAGGUGCUCACAUUCCUCACGAUGCCUGUGGAGGCUGGGACAUUCAACACAAGCCUGCAGGCAGACUACAUAGAAAAGGCCCGAGCCGCUGUCGUUGAGGGCCACGUGCUGCAACAGAUGGCAGGCUUCCUUGCCAGCCACCUACCCGAUUCAGUGUGCAUGGGCAGGGAAAGCAUCCUCAGGCUGCAGCUCUUCCUUUUGCUGGUUCGAAACUUGCUCAUCAUGCCAGAGGGAUCUGGUUUCAACAGAACACAAACGUCCAUCUGGACACAGGAAAAACUGAUCGACCAUCUGUUUGAGGCCAAUGUGGUGGAGCUGUUGCUGGCUGUUUCUCAACAUGCUGGACAGCCACACAUUCGCGAUGAGGCGCCACUGCUGCUGUCCAUUUUCUAUCACCUCUACAACAACGUCGACCCUGAGAAGAUGCUUGCAGCCAAAUGGACCAAGAGCGUUAGCCACAUUCCCCAACCUCCGAAGCAAGCGGUCCAUGCCUCCAUGGCGCGGCAGCGAUCUGUUGACAGGAAGCGGCGGCAGCCAGUGGCAUCCAGGAGACUACGAUAUGGUGGUCAUUUUGUGCAGAGGCACAAUGACCACACCCAUGACAUAAUCACCAAGGCAUGCCAACCCGUUGAGAUUCAAAUGGCUGCACCACAGCACAAGGUCUUCCGAGAACCAGAGAAAGCCACCACGUCAAAUCGCAUCCUUGCCUGCCUCAGGCAGUCUGCCGAUGCCUUCCUGCUUGAGGCUUAUGGCCUCCUGAUGCCAGUGGUUCAGAAGGCGCUGGCGCCUGGCCUUGGAAUUUCUGUCCUUCAGAGGGACGACUUCCUGCACUACCUCAAAGUGGCCCGUUUUUUCAUCCAGUACGUCUGCUUGAAAUUGGAACGUUCAUCCAGUGCCCACACCUCCAUCAACAAGGAUCCCACUUCUCAAUCCACAACAUCCCCAUUCUCAUGCAUUUCUGCCACAGUGGGAUGGGAGCUAUUCCACAUGGUUCGAGUUAUGUGGUUGUCCCAGACGGACAUACCAGGGAAAUCAGAGGACAAAGAUUGGGAGCUUCAGCGAGCCUCUCUGGGACUCCUGAAAGAGCUGCUGUUCGCACUGCACCUGGCCCACAAGCAGGGAACGGAUGCCGACAAGAAGGCAGCCAACCGGCUGCAGCGAAGACUCCUUCACGAUGACAUGAGGGAAUCGGGGCUGUUGCCAGUUCUUGGGCGGCUCAUCCGGGGCUUUUCUAAGAAGUACCAGGGGAGGCAGGACGCCACAGACAUGGUGGAAGCCCUGCACGUCGUCUUGGAAACAUAUGAGAAGCUGUCUUCUGAGGAGGGUGGAAAGUUCUACGUUGCUAAAAAGGCAAGAGCGAAGCGAAAACAGACUGCAACAGAUGGCACAGAAAUGGGAAGUGACCCAACCAACAACAAUGGGGGUUUUGGGGAGGAUUGCGGCAAGGACUCUGCAGAUCGAGUGUCAGGUGCUGGCACAGAUGGCUGCGAAGAGAAUGGUGGUACGCAACCGUCUAAAGAUGGGGAACAGCUGCCAAAAGAACCUCACUGUGAAGGCCAGGAAAGGACGCCACUUGAGGAGUUGCUGGGGAAAGAAUCAUCGGAGGAUGAGGAGAGUGAAGGAAACAACACUGAGCAACUCCCCUCAACAAAAGAAGUGUACCAUGACUUCUCAAGGCGCUUGCACCAAGAGGUGGCACAUCCGGAUGUUGUGAGCUUUUACAUUGGGCUGCUGAAUGGAAACAAGCUCACAGAGGAUGCCACACCUGAGCAAGAUUCUGCAUGA